AAUCAGUGUCAAAAGAAGAGAUAAGAAUUCCAGGAGAAAAAUACCAAGAUGAGGUUAUAGGGUGAAUUAUGUGACAGUAAAAAACCCAGGUCUGGUAAAACUUUUAAAGAACAUACAACUGACUAUGCAUGCGCCACAUAUAUAAGGUAUCAUAUGGAUGUGAAUAAUUAGUUAAGGCAAUGGAGAUUGGUCUGUUCUAGAAAGAAAAGGUGAAUGCCCCGCCUAGGGAUAAUUUUACUGCUUCAGAGAGGUAAAUAAAGACAUGUUUGUGUAUGUAUAAUAGGCAACAGAUCAGUAACAUGAUUGGGUAUAAAAAGAGUAUCUUAGAGAGGCAGAGUCUCUCACAAGUAAAGAUGGGCAUGUUGCACUGUGAUUAAAUACAUUAGAGAGUUAUGAAUGCAUAAUGCAGAUGAAUUUUCAGUAUAACUAUAUAUCACUGUUCUUUAGCGUUCAUCUAAAAGAACCUGCUCAAAGAGUCGACUCUUUUCCGAACGACACAUGAAUCAUAAUGAUUCUUCCUGCAGAAAGUGAAAGUAUUUGUAACUUCAGACUCGGAGCCGUUUUUUGUGGUGUGUUUGGUAAGUUAAAUAAAAAAACUUCAACUCCAGACAGAAACGGUGAUGUUAAUGUUACACAACAAGGACUGUUGACAAAAGGAGUAUAAGCCAUUCCAGCAGAAGAGAUCAGACUCUUCAGGACUCUGUGCUGUGUGUCUGUUCAUACUUUACUAAUAUUCAAAGAUGGAGACCUCUGAUCUGGACACAGAAAAUGGGAGCCAACCUUCAAAAAAGGGUAAAUUUCAGAUAAAGGGAUCAGACUCCCCAACACCCAGCUGUGUCUCCAUGAAGAGUGAUGCAUCUUUAGAUCCUCCUCCAAAAUUUAAAGAUGGAGACUCCUCCUCUGUAGACAGUAAAAUCCAGAUAAAGGGAUCAGACUCCCCAACACCCAGCUGUGUCUCCAUGAAGAGUGAUGCAUCUUUAGAUCCUCCUCCAAAAUUUAAAGAUGGAGACUCCUCCUCUGUAGACAGUAAAAUCCAGAUAAAGGGAUCAGACUCCCCAACACCCAGCUGUGUCUCCAUGAAGAGUGAUGCAUCUUUAAAUCCUCCUCCAAAAUUUAAAGAUGGAGACUCCUCCUCUGUACACAGUGUUCAGCAGAAGUCAGAAGACAGAACUCCAAAGUACAUCAUCACAGAUACAGGGCACGACCCAGAAACUGCUUUAAAUGAAUUCCAGAAGAACUUCAAGUUAAAUCUGAUUACGAAGUUCCAGUGUUUGAAUGGAGUGAUAAUAAACCAGGGACACCGAACACUCCUGAAUGAGAUCUACACAGAGCUCUAUGUCACAGAGGGAGACAGUGGAGACAUCAAUUAUGAGCAUGAGGUGAGGCAGAUUGAGGCAGCAUCCCGGAGAACAACAACAGAGGACACACCAAUCAAAUGCAAUGACAUCUUUAAGCUCUUAUCUGAAGAAGACAAACCCAUCAGAACUGUGCUGACAAAGGGAGUCGCUGGCAUCGGAAAAACAGUCUCUGUGCAAAAGUUCAUUCUGGAUUGGGCUGAAGGGAAAGCAAAUCAGGAUGUCUACCUCAUAUUUGCACUUCCUUUCAGAGAGCUGAAUUUGAUUCCGGACCAAAAACUGAGUCUGAUGGAGCUCCUUCAUGUCUCUUUUAAGGAGGUAAAAGAAACAGACAUUUCCAGCUUGGAAAAGGUCCUAUUUAUUUUUGAUGGUUUGGAUGAGUGCCGUUUCUCUCUAGAUUUCCAGAACACAGUGAGGUUGUGUGAUGUAACUGAAUCAGCAUCAGUGCAUGUGCUGCUGAUAAACCUGAUCAAAGGAAAUCUGCUUCCAUCUGCUCUCAUCUGGAUCACCUCCCGACCAGCAGCAGCUGAUCAAAUCCCCUCUGAGUGGUUUUGUCGAGUCACAGAGGUACGAGGGUUCAAUGACCCACAGAAGGAGGAGUACUUCAGGAAGAGGAUCAGUGAUCAGAACCUGGCCAAUAACAUCAUCACACACCUGAAGUCAUUACGAAGCCUCUACAUCAUGUGCCACAUCCCAGUCUUCUGCUGGAUUUCAGCCACUGUUCUAGAGAGAAUGUUGGGUGAAGCAGAGAGUGGAGAGAGCCCCAAGACUCUGACUCAAAUGUACACACACUUCCUCAUCAUUCAGAUAAACAUUAUAAGAGAAAAGUACUCAAAGAAGCAGGAGAGUGAUGAAGAAAUGCUUUUCAAACUUGGACAACUGGCUUUUCAGCAGCUGAUGAAAGGCAACCUGAUUUUCUAUGAGGAAGACCUGAGAGAGUGUGGUAUUGAUGUGAGAGAAGCAGCAGUGUACUCAGGUGUGUGUACACAAAUCUUCAGAGAGGAGUUUGGGCUUCAUCAGAGUAAAGUGUACUGCUUUGUUCAUCUGAGCGUUCAGGAGCAUCUUGCAGCUCUGUAUGUGCACCUGACAUUCAUGAUGGAAAAGAGAAAUGUUCUAGAUCAGAGUCAGCCUUCAAAACUGGAAAUGAAAGAAAUUACAAUCUCGGAUGUCCAUAAGAGUGCGGUACAUAAAGCUUUACAAAGUCAGACUGGACAUCUGGACCUUUUCCUUCGAUUUUUUCUGGGUCUCUCACUGGAGUCCAACCAGAAUCUCUUACAUCACUUAGUAACACAGACAGGAAGUAGCUCCCACAGCAAAGAGAAAACAGUUCAGUUCAUUAAGAAUGAGAUCAGUAGAGAUCCUCCUACAGAAAAAUCCAUCAAUCUCUUCUACUGUCUGAAUGAACUGGGUGACAAUUCUCUAGUGGAGGAAAUCGAACACUACCUGAAAUCUGGAAAACAACGUGAACUCUCUUCUUCACAGUGGUCUGCUCUGGUGUUUGUGCUACUGACAUCAGCACAGGAGCUGGAAGAAUUUGACCUGAGCAAAUAUACCAGUACAGACAGCAUAUCAGAUUGGGUUCUUGUGAAGGUGAUGCCUGUGGUUGCAGAAUCCAGAAAAGCAAUUAUCAGUUGUGGUACAAUUAAAAGGAGAGGUUGGACGGCUCUGGCUUCAGUGCUCAGAUCAGAAACCUCCAAACUUAGAGAACUGAAUCUGACUGUGAAUACACUGGAUCUGACUGGGAAUAAUCUAGGAGACUCAGGAGUGAAGUGUCUUUCUGCUGUACUGGAGGAUCCUCACUGUAAAGUGGGGACACUGAGGUUGCAGCAUUGUGGUGUCUCAGAUAAAGGCUGUGCUUCUCUGGCUUCAGCUCUGAGAUCAAACCCCUCACACCUGAGAGAUCUGGAACUAUCUAAUAAUAAUAAUGUAGGAGACUCAGGAGUGAAGUGUCUCUCAGCUGUACUGGAGAAUCCUCACUGUAAACUGGAGACACUGAGGUUGUGCGAUUGUGGUGUCUCAGAUGAAGGCUGUGCAGCUCUGACUUCAGCUCUGAGCUCAAACCCCUCACACCUGAAAAAACUGAAUUUGUCUAGGAAUCAACUAGGAGACUCAGGAGUGAAGUGUCUCUCUGCUGUACUGGAAAAUCCUAACUGUAAAGUGGAGACACUGAGGUUGCAGCGUUGUGGUGUCUCAGGUGAAGGCUGUGCUGCUCUGACUUCAGCUCUGGGAUCAAACCCCUCUCACCUGAGGGACCUACAUCUGUCUGAGAAUAAACUAGGAGACUCAGGAGUGAAGUAUCUCGCUGCUGUACUGGAGAAUCCUCACUGUAAAUUGGAGACACUGAGGUUGUUUAAUUGUGGUGUCACAGAUGAAGGCUGUACUGCUCUGGCUUCAGCUCUGGGAUCAAACCCCUCACGCCUGAGAGAACUGCAUCUGUCUGAAAAUAAUCUAGGAGACUCAGGAGUGAGGUGUCUCUCUGCUGUACUGGAGAAUCCUCACUGUAAACUGGAGACACUGAGGUUGUGUGGCUGUGGUGUCUCAGAUGAAGGUUGUGCUGUUCUGGUUUCUGCUCUGAGAUCAAACCCCUCACACCUGAGAGAACUGGAGCUGAAGGGGAAUAAAAUUGGAGAUUCAGGAAAGAAGAUGCUCUCUGCUCUUCAGGAUGAUGAAAAUUACAAUCUGCAGGAACUGAAUUGGUGAUGAGCAGCUGUGUGUGUGUCUCAUGAAGACUCCAGUGUCCCUGCCUUUCCGCGUUGGAGAAUAGAGAACAUGUUUACAGACACAUCAGUCAAUUAGUUCUCAGUGUAUAUUUAAUGUGUUGGAAGUGAGACAUGUGUUCAUCAUGCACAGUGAAUCAGACGGUACACAAUUCUACAUUUAGACUGAACAGGAUCCAGACAUUACGUCUGAAAUCAGAACAGCUGGAAUGGAGACUCUGGGUUGAUUAUAACACCUGAACUUACUGAGUGUCACAAUCAGACCGUGGAAACACAGUGAUCCUCCUGCUCAUUGAACACCUCGUUCAGUCUGAAUGUUCAUCUGAUAUCCAUUUUGUAUUUUGAAGAGACUGAGGCAGAGUUUUCAUUAGCUGAUAAAUACCAAGCAGAUCAGGUGGUAAGUUUCAAAUGAACACAGCUUUAGUGAUGUUACGCAGAGUAUCAUGUCAGAGUAUGUGUCAUUUCUUUUUUUUAAAUCUGUAAUAUUACAACUAUGAGAGAACCUGUUCAUGAUUUGCAUUAUUUUUGUUGAUUAAUAAGGAAUGUAUAAAUUUGGUGCAUUAUUAAACAUGAGAUUUACCAAAGUGAAGAGGUCAUCAAACCCAGACCCCUGGUAAUGUACUCUCUCAAUGCUCCAUUCACUGUAUAUCCAUGAUUGUGAUAGUGAUCCUGCAUAAAAUUCUAAGACUUGCAGGUCAUACAAACAUCAUCUUAUUU